CAGAGGGGCAGUGCUUCCUGUUUCAGGAUGGCGGUUGAUUUGACUCCCAGAUUUAGAAGAUUGAACAGUGAAACCAGGAGUUUUCGCUUAAAUGGUCAAUCGCUGGGUUCUUCGGGCCCUUUUCGGGCCACGCAGUUGUGGCGUAAUAUCAUCCAGGCUCUCCAGACUCAAGUGGAGGUUCGUCGCCGACGCCAGCACCUGCGCGUGCAUAAUGAAUGCUUCACGGGCGCAGACGCAGUGGAUGUGGUUCUGAGUCAUCUCAUGCAGAACAUUCUAUUUUGCACCAGCGAGGUGUCACGCUUGAAAGCCACCCGUCUGUGUCAAGCCUUGAUGGACUCUAGGGUGUUUGAACCAGUGGGAACGAAGCUUUUCCGCCGGGAAAAGGAAAGCGCGUUUGAGGACAGUAGCCACAGUUUAUACAGAUUUGUGGACUGCAACGCAUUGCCUGGAUCUGGAAAACGUGGUGCUGACUUCGAGAACUGGAGCCCAAGUGAACAUGUGGGGAAAAAGAAGAAAGGCUCCAGGUUGGAGGAGUUGAGGACCAUAUCCAACCCUCUGGCCAUGGGUUCCUCCGACCGCAGGGUGGAGAGACUACUGGAGACCAUCAACCUCCAUCCCACCAUGCCCUCCUCACAGAAGCAAGCCCCAUCCACAAACUUCCUGUCCAAGAAAUUGGUGGAGGAGGUGUGGAGGCAGCAGACUCUGCUUCAGUUGCUUCAGAUCAUCGACCUGCCCGUCCUCGACUGCAUCCUCACCUCGCCUGUCAGAACCGAGCUGCCUCACUCCACCGCGCUGCGUAACCAUAACGACCUGGUCAUCUCCAACACCUGCGUGGAGAGGGAGGUGACGCAGAGCCUCAACCUGCCUGAAACGGACUGCUGGCUGGCUGCUGCUGCAGACUGCCUGGAGCUGUUCCCAGAUCAGCUGAUUGUGGUGGUGGGAGAGCAGCUGGUUCAGCAGGAGACCAGAACUUCUGAUGUAGAGGAGAGACUGGCCAAUCAGAAGAGGCUGCUCUUCGACACCAUUUCGAAAUACUACAGCUGUCAGGAGAGGCAACCUCUGCUCUCAGGCCGCUACCUCGACAUACAUGUUGGAAUUCUACAACUACUGGACUGUGGGCGGAAGGAGGAGGCUCUGCGGGCCAGUCAGCUGUGCAUGCGCAUGCUGUCCUCCAGCUGCAGGGAUGAGCUGCGCAGACUCCUGGCCUUCCUAUGCGCAGCAGCAGACCCAGCUGCCUGCCGUCUGCAGAAACAGGCAGAGAAUGGGCCGUUGGUGUGUAAGACAUUCCUGAGGGCUAUCCUCCAGAGCAAAGACAUGACGCGCGCUCAGAGCGAACAGCUGCUGCUCUUCCUCAUGGACAACCAUACCCAGCUCUUUAAGACACCCAUAUCCUUGGUUGAGUCUGUGAGAAAAGCACUGCAAAGCCUGCAACAAGGAAGAGAUCCAGUCAACGCACCCAUGUUCAGGUUCUGCCAGCAGGUGUCACUGCAGGAGUAUGAGAGCCAGCGGGAGCAGGCCACCAUGGAGGGCCUGAAGCAGCUCAUUCUGCACAUCUCCAACAGCACUACCCUCUCCUUGAAGGAGAAGAAGCGCCUGGUCAAGGAUUUCCAGAAGCACCACCCCGGAGCGUUUCUUCAGCACUUCACCUCCACCUUCUAGUCGGUGGGUAAAUAGUGCCUUUAUUGAUGUCCCUUCAUCGGGUGACUUGAAUUGGAUUAUGCAUUAGUUUGGUAACUGUCCAACUUUUUUGUUGGACAUUUUUUGUUAACAACAGUUAAAGGUACUUCUCAUAUAGACACGUUUGUUUGGUUCAAAACAAAGUUUGUGUUCUCUUUAAUGACACUACCUCCUCGGAAAUGGUGUCUGAUUUAGUUUGUUUGGAUGCUCAGUUGGGAAACUGGCAGUUGAAUGCAUUUUCUACUCAAUGCAGAUUGUGUUGUUAUCCUACUGUUAUCCUACAAGUUGGUGUGCAAUUUCAGAAAUCAGUCCUUGGCUUUAUUAGUUCUGUUUAGUCUACUUCCUGAACACACGUUUGAUUUUAGCUUUAAACUGGAUUUACUCACUCAGGUGAAUGCGUGUUGAGACUCUUCUAGUCCUUCAACUGUACUGGAGAUUGGUUGUCUUUUAGUAAUAGUUAAUAUGAAUUAUCUACAAAGUAUUUUAUGAGCAUUUAAGACAUUAUAGAAGUGUUAUUAUAAGCAAUAAAGGUAAUAAUAGUGAUAAAUGUAGCAUUAAAAUUAAAUCAUAAAAGGAUUUAUGGGAUAGAAAAGGGAACUCUCUAGUUGUAGACAAGGGUGUAUGAAAAUGUUUUAAACAUAUAUCAACAUUGAAAAUACAUAUCAAAGUGUCUUAUGUUUUCAUAAUAAAGUAACAUCAGCUCUUGAAAUGAGGCGAAUAUAAGCACAAACUGUAGUUUAAUUCUUUACAAAGAUUAUGUACUUUAUUAAAUGUCGGUUCUGUUUGACAGGAAAUGUGUUCAAUGUAUGUUUGAAUAUUACAACUAAAGGUAGAAUUACGCUGUUAGUAUUUACAAAGGGUUAUUUAAUUUUAUUUAAUUUGUUGUCAGGUAAUGUUUAUCCUUACUAGGUUCUGCACUAAUUUGAAUGCAACAUCAGUACAGGAAUAGUCAAAUAACUGUUUUACUUGUUGAUUAAGUUUUAAUUAUUUUUAAACUUAAAUGGAUAUGUUCUCAUGUAGAGAUGCACUUUAAA